CAUUGAUGCUUGCUUUUGAUUAGCUUUGGCUGUCACUUUCUGCAAGCAGGCGCUGUGCCUGGACCGCUACCAUGCCCAUCGUCCAGCGUACCGUUGAACCGGUCCACCUGUGCCGUGAGCCCUUGCCGCCACGAUGCAAGAACGAGCUUCAGCAGGUUGCCGUCAAUGCGUUAGCGGGCAUUCUGCGUCAAUUGGGUGAUGUGGCUCGCCACGCCGAGGAAAUCUUUGGCGAUCUAGUUGAUAUUGCAUCCAACAUUGCCGAGCGGACUGCGGAUGUUGAGAAUCGGCUCACCGUCGCUCGCCAGUCCGUUGCGACCAUCCAGGUGCCCACCAAGUUUGACGUGGCCGAGCUGAUGUCGGGCGAAUCUUACCAGCGCAGCCAUCCCUUUGAUCAGCGCCUCAUCUCCACCAUGGCCAAACCAGGCUCACUCGUUGACAAGUAUCGCACUUGUGAUCCACCCCCAGACCUCAACAAACUCAACCCCUAUCGCGAUGACAACCUGUACACGGAUCCAGGCUUCUUCCUGCGAUUGUGGGUGGAGCAGAUGCGUCUUGAAACCGAAGAGCAAAAGAAGAAGCGCAAGCGCCGUAAGAAAAAACAGGCUCGCUCUCAGCAGACCACAUCGCGCCGCCAAGUUGCUCGCGUGGCCAAGAAGGAGUACUCAGCCAUGGGUUCAGAAUUCAACGAUGACCAGCGCGCCCUCAAGCAACAACAAAUUCAACAGGAGCAACAACAGCUCCGCCAGCAGCAACUGGAGCGUCAAGCCCAGAGUCAGGGCCAGGACAUGGGCCCUCCCCCUACCAACGCGCCUGCACCCGCCAAACCCGCCGGCGCGCCACCGCCGCCGCCGCAAAAGCCCGCCGGCGCACCACCCCCACCCCCCUCCAAACCGGGUGCAGCACCACCUCCGCCACCGGGUGGCAACAUCCCCCCGCCGCCUCCGACCGACGCCCCGGCCAACAUCCCUCCUCCUCCACCCAUGGGUGCAACGCCGCCACCGCCGCCACCUCCUGGCGCGGGUGGUGCACCGCCGCCGCCGCCUCCCAACACCGCCAAGCCCGUCUUGGUCCUCGAGGGCAUGGAGGAUGAUGACGCUACGGAAACAGACAUGCCGGCUCCCGUGAUGCCACCUCCCAUGAGCGCUCCGGCGCCCCCGCCACCACCAGGUUCAGGUGCCCCUGCACCACCCCCGGCCCCUCCCAUGGGCGCCCCACCUACGGGUGCCCCUCCCCCACCUGGCCCGGCUCCGCCACCCAUGGCCAACAUCCCAGCACCACCUGGUGCACCCCCGCCGCCAAGCAUGGCCCCCUCGGGUGCACCCCCACCCCCAGGACCCCCCGCCCCCCCGCCUGCCCCUGAAAGUCUGGCCAAGGCAGUGGGUGGUGCUGGUGGCCACGGCAAUGCCCUUUUGGAUGCCAUUAUGAACAAGCGUCUCAACAAGGUCGAUCAUCAGGAAGUCCAAAAAGCUCGCCAUGCCAGUGCAGGUGGCUCGGAUGUUGCCGCCAUCCUGGCUCGUCGUAUUGCCGUGUACGGCUCUGACUCGGAAGAUGAUGGCUCGGAUGAUGAGGAUUGGUCCGACGACGAGGAGUGGGACUAAAUUGGCCCACAGUUGGGCAAACUUAGAGCUGUCCUCAUACAAAUCAACUUCUUUCCUCGCUCUCCUCUCUUGUUGUGUCUGCGUUUGCUCUUGUUCCAUGCUAAUUCGCCAAGGCGUCGAUGAAAGGUCAGGGUUCUUGUUCUUGCUGGUGCCACCUUCUCGACAUGUCUUGUUUGUUUUUCUCUCCCCUCCAACGGCAGAAGAGAAAGUGUAAUUGACAAUCUCUUGCCUUGGGCC